UAUGAAUGAACAGAUAAAUGUAAUUGUUAACAAACUUUAAUUGAGGUGAAGAUAAGCAAUAAACAGAUGCAGACUACAGUUGUUGCAUUGAUUUCUUUGCACAAUGUUUCCUAAACAGCAUAUUUAAGAUAAAGUAAAUAAAAUUGUGGGUCCAAUAGUGUCACCAGCAUGGAGAGAGAAGCAGAGUUUAUGUUUCAGAUUACUGACACUCCGUUCAAACUGAAUUAAAUAGAUUUGAGACAAUAUUUUUCACUCCGAGUCCCUGUAAACUCUACAGAGAGCACAAUUUGGCAUGAAGGGUCACAAGUAUUCCAAAUAUUUGUUUUAUUUAUAUAGAGAGAGAGAAAUAAAAGAAUAUUUGUAGUCAUCCCAUUAAGACAUUAUAUGACCCAUGGACUUGAACUUUGUGACCCAGAGGUAGGGACAUUGCCAUGGUGCCAUGAACAAUGUUUUUGUAUGUUAUUUGCGUGCUCAAAGUUUUUAACUAAAUCCAUUCGCUCUGUCUCUCCAAUGAACAGAUUAUAUAAAAUGCCGACCGCAGGAGUUCCUGCAGCUGAUGAUUCAGCAGGUUGCUGCAGACCAGGUGUGGCUGAUUCUGAAGCUCACUUCAUUUCGGCGGCUCCCCAGACUCUUCAAGAUAAUGGAUUCUUGGCUAGUUAUCCGGAUGCUCCUGCUGACUGUGACACCUCGGAUAGCAGACCAUCCACUUCCACUGCCUUCCAUGCUGCCGACACAAGGAGCACUCAGAAAAUCGUCCAGAUUGAUCGGCAGCAGAUCCAAGCCGUGGACCAGAGUGCCCAGGCUCUGGAGCUGCGAGGUCUCGGAGUUGAUGUCUACGACCAGGAUGUAUUGGAGCAGGGGGUUCUCCAGCAAGUGGACAGAGCGAUUAGUGAAGCCAGUCAAGCCGCCAAAAGAGCAGAUGCAGAGAAAGAGUACUGUUCUGUUUUAGAUGAUCUGAGGUCCACCACCAUCUGUCUGAAGCAAACAAAUAAGAUCAUUGAGCAGUUGACUCCUCAUGCUGCUACAAACAAGGAAGUAAGGAGAAAGCUGGAGUCUGUGAAAAGGCAGAAGGAUAACAAGGAAAGACAGUUGAAAAAGAUAAGGGCCAAACAGAAACACCUCCAGGCAGUGCUCAGUGGUGCUGACAUUCAGAAGCUUGAAGCUGAAUACGAAUCGUGCGAUGAAGAACCAGGUCCUUCAUCGUUAGGAAGUAUGUUAAUGCCGGCACAGGAAACAGAAUGGGAGCAUCUCAUCCGCACCGGACAGAUGACACCCUUCGGCACUAAAAUACCUCAGAAAGAAACAAAAAAGGAGCCUCGCAAGAUCAUGCUGAAUGACGCAUCAGACUUUGAGAAGUAUCUGGCCGAUCAGGCAAAGAUGGCUGCGAUUCGGAGGAAGUCCUUCACAAAAAGAGCCAAGAGGAGAAAAACAGCAGUGUCUGUGCAGGCCGAAACUGAGACAUCAGAUGACAAAACUCAAAAUCCAAAAGGUGGCCCCAAGAAAAAUAGCACUGUGUCAAGAACAGACCGCAAACUGAAAAAGCAUUUGCAGAAACUGCAGCGCAAGACUCUUGAGAUUAAAUUUAAAGCUGGAGCUCCAAUCAAGAAGAACUCCCUGCAAGAGUUGGUGGGAGGGCGAGAAGACAGAGGCUCAGACAGUGAAGAGUCACUCUAUGUUCCUGAUGAGGAGUUACUUUAUCCAGAUGAAUUUGGUAACAGCGAUGAUGAAGUGUCCGAUAAUGGCACAUUUAAGAAAGCACCAAAGAAAAGGCAAAAGCAGAGUCACUCAGAUGAAGCUUUCUCACCAAGCUCAGGCGAAGAUGAAUCGAGACGCAGAAUAAAAGCACACAAGGAUGAUGGAAAUGAAGAGCUGUACAGGAAAAGAUUGAGGAAGUGGAAAAGGAAGAGGCUGAUGGAAAAGGCAGAGCAGCAAGCUAAUGGCGAAGGUGCAGAGUCUGACGAAAGCGAUGCCGAAUUUGAUGAGGGGUUCAAGGUGCCUGGCUUCUUUUGGAGAAAGCUAUACAAGUAUCAGCAGACAGGUGUUCGUUGGCUUUGGGAAUUACACUGCCAACAGGCAGGAGGAAUUUUGGGGGAUGAAAUGGGACUGGGCAAGACCAUCCAGAUAAUUGCCUUCUUGGCAGGCCUGAGCUACAGCAAGAUAAGGACACGAGGCUCAAAUUACAGAUAUGAGGGCUUGGGUCCUGUGGUCAUUGUUUGCCCAGCAACAGUGAUGCACCAGUGGGUGAAAGAAUUCCACACAUGGUGGCCACCAUUCAGAGUAGCAGUCCUGCAUGAGACGGGUUCCUUCACCAGCAGGAAGGAGAGGCUCAUUCGAGAAAUUGCGGCAUGUAAUGGUAUUCUGAUCACCUCGUAUUCCUACGUCCGAAUUAUGCAGGAGUCCAUUGCGCACUAUAACUGGCAUUAUGUAAUUUUAGAUGAAGGGCACAAGAUACGAAAUCCAAACGCUGCAAUUACUGUUGCGUGUAAACAGUUUCGCACUCCACAUCGCAUUAUCCUGUCUGGUUCGCCGAUGCAGAAUAACUUGAAGGAGCUCUGGUCUUUAUUUGACUUCAUUUUUCCAGGAAAGCUAGGAACAUUGCAAGUCUUCAUGGAACAAUUUUCUGUCCCUAUCACAAUGGGAGGCUAUCAAAAUGCCUCACCUGUUCAGGUGCAAACUGCCUAUAAGUGUGCUUGUGUUUUACGGGACACCAUAAAUCCAUACUUGUUGCGACGAAUUAAAGCCGAUGUAAAAAUGAAUCUGGCAUUGCCAGACAAGAAUGAACAGGUUCUAUUUUGUCGCUUAACAGAAGAACAACGUGAAGUCUACCAAAACUUUAUAGAUUCCAAGGAAGUCUAUCAGAUUCUCAACAGAGAAAUGCAGGUAUUCUCUGGCCUGAUAGCUCUCAGAAAGAUCUGUAAUCACCCCGACCUGUUUUCUGGUGGCCCCAAGAUUCUGAAGGGGGUGCCUGAUGAGCAGCUGACAGAAGAAGAGCACUUUGGGUAUUGGAAACGAUCUGGAAAGAUGAUUGUAGUCGAUGCGUUGCUAAAGCUGUGGUACAAACAAGGACAUCGAGUACUUCUUUUCUCUCAAUCCCGACAGAUGUUGGACAUCUUGGAGGUGUUCAUACGGAAUCUGGGCUAUUCAUAUCUUAAAAUGGAUGGAACAACUUCAGUAGGUUCUAGACAGACACUCAUUUCUAGAUACAAUGAGAAUUCCUCUAUAUUUGUCUUCCUCCUCACAACUAGAGUUGGUGGUUUGGGAGUAAACUUGACAGGAGCAAACCGCGUUAUUAUCUACGACCCUGACUGGAACCCGAGUACUGACACACAGGCCCGAGAGCGUGCUUGGAGGAUAGGUCAAAAGAAACAGGUUACUAUUUACAGGUUACUAACAGCCGGAUCAAUUGAAGAAAAAAUCUACCACCGGCAAAUUUUCAAGCAGUUCCUGACUAAUCGAGUAUUGAAGGACCCAAAGCAGAGACGGUUUUUCAAAUCUAAUGAUCUUACAGAGCUUUUCACGUUAAGCAGUCCAGAUGGUACUCAGGGAACAGAAACAAGUGCAAUUUUUGCAGGCACAGGUUCGGAUGUUUACGCUCCUACCAGAAAAAAAACUGGGAAAAGCUCCAGUUCAUUCAGGAAGAGAAAUGUCAUGCUAUCAGAUCAGGAUUCCAGCAAGCAAGUCAAGUUACCACCGGAUUUGUCUCUCCAGUGCCAUUCAGACAAAAGUCAGUCAGGAAAACUUUCUGUUAACCCACAGACUGAAUUAAAAGAGAAUAGUGUUUUUGGCAGUGGUGGAACUGUUACUCAGGUAAAACAAGAAAUAAAAAGUGCUGAAUUUCCAACUGUUUCACAGUCUGAAUAUCGAAGGCUUGAUCAACCAACCAAUUCUGCACAUAAGGAAACUGACAACAAUAACGUAGAAUCUGCACUCAGCAAUAAAGCUGGACUACUUGAUCAUGGCCACACACCGGGACAAAUCAUUCUAAACGAGGAGAGGAAAGAUUGCACUCAGAACUCAGAAAAACUGCAAAAUAUAAGUAGCGCUGACUUAGAAGAAACUGGCAACAGCCAUGAACUUCAUCAUAAACACCAAUCUAAAACAAAACAUCAAAUAACGAAGAGUGAGCACGAUGAUGCUCUUUCAGUGUACAAACACAAACACAAAAAACACAAACGCCACAAAGAUGCAUAUUUUGAAGGCGAGCGUAUCCCCCACUUGGUAAAAAGGCAGAAAAUCAAAAAGAGGGAUCAUGAGGAAGAGCAGAAAGAAAAGGAAGUCUGCAGGCAGAGUGAUGAUUAUGUCUUGGAAAAGCUGUUCAAAAAAUCUGGAAUCCACAGUGUGAUGAAGCAUGAUGUUAUUAUGGAGUCAUCCAAUCCUGAUUAUGUAUUAGUUGAAGCAGAAGCUAAUCGAGUUGCUCAGGAGGCUUUGAAAGCUUUGAAGGCUUCGAGACAGCGUUGCCUGGGUGUCUCUUCUGGUGUGCCAUCCAGGAUCAAUAGCAGUCAGCUGUCAGGAACAGCAGCUGCUGUAAAGCCAAGAUUUGGUCAGAAGAAAAAUCCACUGCUUCCAACUAGCAGUCCUUCUUCCAAAUCCACUCCAGAAAAAUGCAAGGAUGCUGCUGUAAUUGAAAAGGACGAAGCUGCCAAAUCUCACUUCAGUGGCGUUCCAUCAGAAGAAGAGGCAGGUCGUGUGCUCCCAUCCUCUUCCUCGUUACUGGCCAAAAUGCGAGCAAGGAAUCAUUUGACUUUGUCUCAAAGCCUUGAAAUUGAUGAGAGCUCUGAGCCUGCAGCAGUGCCCCCGCCUGUACCAACCGAGCACGAUGAGCUAUUGGUGGAAAUGAGGAACUUCAUUGCAUUCCAGGCUAGCACUGAUGGGCAAGCCACAACUACUGAGUUGUUACAAGAGUUCCAGUCCAAGUUAUCACCUGCACAGACAGCUGUUUUCCGAGAACUUCUUAGAAACUUGUGCACUUUCCACAGAAACGCAUCUGGGGAUGGGAUCUGGACACUGAAACUAGAAUUCCGAUGAACUUUCCUGGUGCUGCUACUAAUCAUGUCAGUACUGUCACUGAGAACUAAGUUUAAUUGCUGCUAAAUAAUGCAAUAAUUUCAUUAGGAAAGCUUGAAUUAUCCAUGACAAAUUUGUGUUGUCAAAAAGGAAACUUGAAGAUAGGGAACUGAUUUCAGUUUGCUUCUUUGCAGGGAUAAAAAUUUAGCACUGAAAAAAAGACUGCAAGAAAGCUGUAUUUUAUUGUCAGUGACAUAAACUUAAAGAUUUUUAACUUGCAUUGUGUUUCCUGAAAAUUUAAUGUUGACUAGUUGCUAUGGACAGCAUGUGAAAAAGAACAUUGUGUUGUGUCAGGUUUAAAUUCAUGAUUUCAAAGCACUUCUUUUGUAUUCCUGAAUAUGACCAUAUUGCUCCUGAGAUGUCUGAAAUUUUAUACCUGAUUCCAUUGGAAGGCAAAGUUGGGGAAUGCUUAAUUAGCAUAGCCCAAUUAUAUUGGUAAAUAAUACACAAUUGUAAAUAUUAAUUAAAAACUAAAUGUAUACAACAUCUUAAAUAAACCAAAGAUGUUUUCUACUUUG